GCACGAGCCUCGUAGAACCAUCAAAGCCUUUGUCCUAUUCGCAACUCUGGAGUUGAUCUGCAAUCGAAUCGUAUACAAAUCACUGCAAGUAUGGUUGGAAAACUAUUUUUAGCACUUGCUAUCUUGAUGGCUGCGACCGGGUGCUUUGGGCAGCCUUCAGGUUCCCUCAGUCCGGACUACAAAGGGCACAACAAUAUCAGAAGAGGCAACAUAGCUGAGGUUGGAUCGCAGACUCAAUCCGAUGUCAAUGCGAAUCCGUUAAACACAGACUCCAACCGACUGGACACCAAUGCGCAAAAAUCGUUCGACAAGCUCAAUGGAGUACCCAUCGAGAGUAACGGCGACAGUCUGGAUUGGAACAAUGUCAGAGGUCGGCACCGAAGAGCGAUCGACAACGGAAGAUUGAACCUGUGGCAGAACAAACAGCACUCCAUAUAUGCUUACGGAUUGGGGGGACCGAACCGGGGUGGUAGGCCUAACUACGGAGCCAGUAUCGGUUAUAGUUAUCGGUUUUAGUUGCAUUUUAUUCAAUUCGUUUGUCGUCACUAUCAACUUAUCUUUUAAUAUGAGAACCAUUUUCAAAAUUUCAAAAUAAUCAGGAGUAGGGAAGCUGUGGGUCAGAUGAACAUCUGUCAAGUAUUAAACUGAUUUCUCAACUACCAAAUACGCAAUAAAUUUGAUGAAAACUAAA